CAAACCUAAGCUACCUUUUCUCAUCUUUUUCCAUUUCUAUCGCUAUUUUCUCUCUCAUUUUUCCUAUUGCAUGGGCUAAACCUAACCCUAGCUAGUUCAUUCAAACAUCUGAAAAUAGCAACAUGUCCCGCAGUUGUUCACAGUGUGGAAAUAACGGCCAUAACACAAGAACAUGCGGAGACGGUUCAGCAGCUGAUGGCGGAUGUACAAGUGGUGGAGCCGCCGCUUCUUCUACCGGCGGAGAAAACGGUAUUAUGCUAUUUGGUGUGAGAAUGAUGACCGAAGGUUCUUCCUUUCGAAAGAGUGUUAGUAUGAAUAACCUGUCCCAGUAUGACAUGCAGCCUCAGGACAGUAACGCUGAUGUUGACGCCGGCUAUGAAUCUGACGACGUCGUUCAUGCCUCCGGCAGGAGUAGCGAGCGUAAGAGAGGAGUGCCAUGGUCAGAGGAAGAACAUAGACUUUUUCUGUCGGGGUUACAGAAAGUAGGAAAAGGAGAUUGGAGAGGAAUUUCAAGAAACUUUGUCAAGACUCGUACCCCUACCCAAGUUGCUAGUCAUGCUCAAAAAUACUUCCUCCGCCGGACCAACCAAAAUCGCCGCCGCCGGAGGUCUAGUCUAUUCGAUAUCACAACUGAUACCUUCUUGGGCUCGACAAUUAAGGAAGAUCAAGUAUCACCUCAUCAAGACACUACUGCAACUAAUCUUGGAGUUAAAGUGUUUCCGAUGUCAACUUUUUCGGUCUCAUUCGAGACUUCCAUGCAGAACAAUCUCCCAUUAGGACCAAGCACAAAUUCUAAAUUAUCAAUUCCAAUUCCCCCAUCUUCAAAAAUGGCCGAUCUUAACUUAAAUGAUCAAGAAAAUCCCCCGUCUUUGCCACUGUCUUUGAAGCUAUCCUCUCCGUCGUCGGAUGAGCAACCGCCGACAGCGUCAACACACUCUUCUUCAGGAGCUUUUAAGCCCAUGUCUAGUGGUGACAGCAUCAUUAGUGUUGCUUGAAGAAUAGAUGCAAAAUUGUUUAUGAAAUGAAUGAAGAAGUGUUAGGUUGUAAUUAAACUAGAUUAAUUAAAUAAUGAAUAGGUUGAUUUAAGUAUUAGUUGGUGGUGUACAUGUAUUAGAAGAGCUAAUAAAGAAAAAGAUGGCAUGUCAUUUUCAGUUUGUGGGGAAGAUUUUAGCUUGGAUUCUAGCUUAUUUUGUCUGCUUUUCUUUCUUUAUGUUAUUUAUGGUAAUGAAGUGAUAGGGCAACUAGUAGUAGUACUACUCUCUUCUCUUCCAUUCAA